CUCCUCCACUGAAUAGGAAACACACAUGAUUGCACCCAACAAACCAAUCCUUUCAUAUUAUUCUUCCCUCCCCUGUUCUGAAACAGAGUCACCUAUUUAUCUUCCCUUCUUCAUCUCUCCCCCUCCAUCACAUAUAAAGCUCUCCACUUUUCACACAUUUACACACUUCUCUCAAAUGGGUACCUCCUCUUCUACAGCCACCUCCCUCCAUGGCUUCUAUCAGUUCAUCUCCCAUGAGCUCGACGACCUCGACGCCGCGUUCGUCUCCUCCGACUUCAUGUCUCUUCACUUUCUUCAAAAAGUCCUCUCUUUUCUUAGAACCCUCCACUCUCAGCUCAUCCAACUUGGCCAACGCCUCCACCUCCCCGUUGGUGGUAAGUGGCUUGAUGAGUAUAUGGAUGAAAGCUCCCGCAUAUGGGAAGCUUGCCAAGUCCUCAAAUCUGGAAUCUCAAGCUUGGAGAUUUUUCAUGAGGAAGCUUUUGCUAUAACUUCUUCUUUGCAGGAUCCUCAUUUUCUUCGUGUAAACGCUCGGGCUUCUCAAAGGAUUCUUCGUUCAAUUACUGAUUUCGAGAGGAAUGUUUUUGGGUUAGAAGAGGAAAAUAGAAGCUUGAUGUAUACAAGAAUUCAUCCAUUAUCACUGUUCUGUUUCAACAGCAGAGGCAGCGGCGGCACGUCAACCGGAAUUGGAUCAACGUUGAAAUUGAAUGCUUUCAAUGGAUUCAGAGGGGUUCUUCAUGCAGUGAAGAGCAUCAGCUCAUUACUUCUAAUGAUUCUUCUGUGUGCUCUUGUGUAUUGUUGGCCAGAAUCAAGCUUCCAUGAAAGUUGUGAGAUUGAGAAUGAAGAAGAUCACCAUUUAAGGACCAUGUUCAGCUCGAGCUUCAUAGCAUCAAUGGCAAGAUUGAGACAGAGAGUGGCAAAUGAAAUAGACAGAGUAGAUGGGCAGUCAGUGGGGAUCUUGCUGUUUGAAUUCAGGGAAGCAAAGGCAGCCAUGGAAGGCCUGAAAGUGGAGCUCGAGAGGGGUAUGGAGGAAGAAGAAGAAGAAGGAGAUGAAAUUGAAGAAAAAGUUGAGAGAUUGAAUGGUUGGUUUGGGACAUUGAGAAAUGGAGUGGACGCCAUUGUUGGGCAGCUUGAUGACUUCCUUGAUGAGAUUGUUGAGGGAAGACAGAAGCUUUUGGACAUGUGUACUACUAACAGGUAGAGAAGGGGGAAAAGGAGGAUCUGGGUAUGCUUCAAAAUGCAAAAUUUGAGAAGAAAUAGUGAAGAUUUUUGGAAGAUAAGAGAUGUUGUGUAAUUUUUACUUAGUGUUUUUUCAUUUUUGAUUUGGAAUCACAUUGUUUAUAGAAAGGUUGUGAUGAUGUUGCAGCCUAUGAUAGCUUAAAAGGAAGAAAAUUCAGGAGGAGAGAGAGAGAGGGAGAGAGAGAGAGAAGCAUUGAUUCUGAAAUUGCUUUGAAGAAAAGCAGCAAAAUAGAGAGAGAGAGAGAGAGAGAGGAGAGAGAGAGGAUUUUGGCAGUGAAGAAAGGAAAGAUUCUUGUGGCAUUUUAUAAGCACACCACAGAGCCACACUAAUAUUAUUCCAAACAAAUCCAAAGGUCAAUUAUACUCAAUACAUAAACAAUUUUGUACUCUAAUUAAAGUAUCAAUGUGAUUUGAUUUUUUUU